UCCCUCAGAGAUAUAUUUUUAUCAUAUAAAUGUAUCCUUUUCCAAGCUUUGCCCCAACUUUGCUUGUGUUUUUUUCAAGAGCUGCAGAUAAAGAGUCUUCCCCUCCCCCAGAGGAAUGCCUUCAGCUUCUAAGCAGAGCCACACAAGUCUUCCGGGAAGAAUAUAUUCUAAAACAGGACUUGGCUCGAGAAGAAAUCCAGCGAAGAGUGAAAUUGCUGCGUGAACAGAAAAAAAAACAGCUGGAAGAUCUAGGGUGCUGUCGAGAAGAAAGGAAAAGCUUGAGGGAGAUGGCAGAGCGUUUGGCUGACAAAUAUGAAGAAGCCAAAGAGAAACAAGAGGAUAUUGUGAACAGGAUGAAGAAAGUUCUCCGUAGUUACCAUUCACAGCUGCCUGUCCUAUCCGAUAGUGAAAAGGAUAUGAAGAAGGAGCUACAAACAAUACAAGAACAAUUGCGGCAUUUAGGCAAUGCUAUCAAGCAGGUUAAAAUGAAAAAGGAUUACCAGCAGAGAAAAAUGGAGAAGGGCAACAGUCCACAGAAGCCGAGCAUCAACCUCAGCACAUAUCAGAGGAAAUGUAUCCGGGCUGUUCUGAAAGAGGAGGGAGAACACAUUCAGGAGAUGGUGAAACAAAUAAAUGACAUCCGGAAUCACGUAACCUUUUAGUCAUCAGACUAAAGACUUACAUUUCUGGAAUAUUAAACAUUACCAGCUGCCUUUUUCCUAAUUUAUAAAUUGAACUAUUUUUUACAAAAAGAUUCAUUAUUAAAUACUCGUUAGAGGAUGCGUCCAGUUAUAAUGCAUGGUGCAGCAUUCUACAGAAGGCAUGAUGCUAAAGAUGUCUGACAUCCGCCCUUUUGUGACUUCAAUUUAAAUACAUGUUUGUAAUAUCACACUGCUUGUUUCAAAAUAAAAAUCAAUACAACC